AUGAGCCCACCAGACUCGCUGCCCACGCGCCAGGAGCGCUCUGUCGCGCCCUGGCGAGCAUUAGUCUACUUGCCUUGCCUUGCCAGCCAAGGCCAAGUCACUGGGAGCCAGCCCGCCGCCAUUCAGCCCACUAGACGACAAUGCUCAUGCUUCACCGGCUGGUCAUUGAUGGCUGGCUGUCUCAGCCCAGGUGCGUGCGUACCCGCCAUCUGCGUCAACGUCCGCUAA